AUGGCUGCUCAUAUCGACCGAGAAGCUACGACGCCCUUCUUGCUGAGACUGUUCUAUAAACAAGGGUCCUACCACAGACUUGACGAAUUCGAUCCAACACUUCCACGCCUCCCCACUCACCUUCAAAUCUACACAUGGCAGAGCUGCACUUUGCGUGAGUUAUGUGGUCUCUUCCUGGGUGCCAUGCCCAACCUGUUACCACAGCCAUAUGCUGGCACACGAAUUGCCUUUCGUCUAGUCUACCCUGACAUACAAGGCUCGAGCCGGCCUGGCGCACAGGGCCGUUAUAUCUCCCGAGAUAUUGGAUCUGUCAUAGUAGGCGCACGUACAGCAAAUGAGGAUAGCGAAUUGGGCGAUGGUAAUGGAGCAACGGUAGCAGAGGCACUGAAGCAACUGAAUGGCGACCCUGACAAAACCUUAAGCGACGCCAAGUUUCUGAUAGGAGACUACGUCACAUGCGCGAUCCUUCCACCGUUGCCUGAUGGUAGCGUUCCAGCAGCACCGCCACCAACCUCUGGGCCAGGAAGAGGACCACCAGGCGCGUACGGCGGACGCGGUGACUUUGGUUUCGGACGUGGUGGAAGAGGAGGAAGAUACGAUGACAGGAGACCCAGCGGAGGUGUCCCAUCAGGCGAGUGGAGACGAGGCGAAGCACCACCAGAGCGUGAAGCUGGCUAUGGUAGAGGAAGAGGAGGCGCUGGCGGUGCUGGAGGACCAGAUGGCAACUGGCAUGGACGGGGAAGGGGAAGAUGGUGA